ACCAUGGUGCCGCCCCGUUUAAUGGCGAGCUAACAGCAGCAACACUACGAGGGAGCCACUCUGAAUGUGUUAUAACGCCCAAACGCGUCAAUUAUGUAGUCGCGUUGCUCCGCCAUUCUGACUUUUGGCUCGUUCUCGCAUCGCUGACAAUGCCGAAGAUGAAACUGCGGAUGAAAACGGGCGAGGAAGGUGGCGGCGAAACGACGGAGGAAGAUGCAUUGGCUCCGACGGAACGCCAGCAUAUCCCCAGCGUGGUCUCCCCCACCUCGAUGUCCAACAGGCUGGAGUGUUCGCCCAACGCUUGUGUCAAUCCAGCCCAGCUGGACAAGGAGACUGUUUUUGAAUGGUUCGGCCUUCAUCUAAACCCUGCCAAGCGAAUCGAGUUCAUGUGCGGGCUAAUGCACAUGUGCCAACCCCUGGAGCUUCGCUUUUUAGGAUCUUACUUGGAGGAUCUCGCUCGCAAAGAUUAUCACGUUUUACGGGACUUUGAGUUUCGCGCAAAUACUCCGCACGAGUUGGGGAUUUUAACGGACUUGAUCGACCCGGUAGUGAGGUCCAAGCUACUGGUGUGCCUGUCCCUCCUCGGAUCUGACAGCAGGGAAUGCGCUGGAAUACUCUUUCGCAUACUGAGCCAUGUAGAUCCGUCCCUGUUCUACAAAAAAUACGACUACUCCCUUCCUUCAUUCAGGGACCCUCAGCACCACUCGUUGCAUUCGGAUAGGAAUGCUUGCAAGCAAACAUGCGGCGUCUCAACCACUGAGAUCUCCCCUGGACCUUUGGACCAGUUAGCGCUGCUUUUCAGUAUGGCCUCUUUACACCCAGCUUUUCAUUUUCACCAGCGAGAGACGCUUCGGACGCAGCUUGAUAAAAUUGAGCUGGCAAUCGAAGAGGAAAGACGACGGCUUCAUCAAAACGCACAAACAACGGAUUUGCCAAGCCAGAAGGUUGACUAUCUGCCCUCGUCAUCUUUGGGUUUGGGAGAAUGUGCAGACUCGCACGCUCCUUGCCAGAGCCGACGCUCUCGACGUAGGGCGAUACAAAGAGAAGCGGUGCAUAUAGAGGCAAUUGUGCUCAAGUGUAUCUCUCAGACCAAAAUAGACAAGGAAUACAACUUUGAGGUGAAGUGGUCCGACUCCUCCUCAAGUAAGGUGACCAAAACCCAUUUGGAACUGGAAAAUUUCCUUUUUAAGCUUCCUAAAGAUCAAUGCACUGAGUCUUUUGAGAAGAGCCUCCUGAGACUUUUGAGCCAGGGGCACCACUAUGAGAGCAGAGAGGGCGAGAAAAGCCUCAGGGAAAAGUUCCUUGCCGCUCCUCCAAUUUUCAGACAGACCAGGAAGGUGUGCAUCUUCUUCAAUUGUGAAUCCGCUUACUCUACAAAACCGUCAGGUUGCCGUUGCAAUUGUCAGCUGGGGAAAAACUUACAAGGUGAUUGCUCUGACGUCUCUAGUCAGGACGAAGGUAUAGACUCAUACAGUCAGGGGCACAAGAAAAAGCACGGACCCAAGAGUGCAAGUCAAAGUCUGUCUAGUGCCAAAGGCCCUCAGGGAGACAGUCGGAGGGGACCUCAUGUCGCCGAGCUCAGUGGUCCGUCAGAAAGGAGGAAGAGGGGCUUCAUCCCGAGAAGCGUGCCGGAACCUGAACAGGACACAGACAAGCGAAGCCACCCAGGAGCCAAGACUAAAAGCAGAGUCCUGCCCACUGACAGAGGCACGCAAAAGGGAUCUUCAUAUGUGACCAAUGGGAAUCUGGCACCAACACAUUUGCCUCAGAAGAAAGGCUUGGUGGCUGUUGCCGGCUCCGGACUGGACACGUUUGGUGAAACGUCAUCAGAGAGCUACAGUUCUCCAUCAAGUCCUCAGCACAGAGGAGCAGAGACUCUGGAUAGUGAAGAUGAUAACAAUAAAGAUACCGACAGCCACUCUGAUGACUCCUUCAAAGUACCAGGCCCCGGCAUGUUCUUCACUCAUCAAAGUGAUCCAAGUGCUGUGGGAAGCGCCAUGUCUGUCCACCCUUUGUCCCCUAACAUCCACGCACCCCAGAUGGACUUGACUGGCCCUGAGAACAGCUUACAGUUUCCCCCCCUUUCUUUCAUGCACCCUUUGCCUGACGUGCUCCCAAACGGCGCCAGUGACCCUCCGCUGACUGUGCCUCCACUUCCCAGCCAAAGCAUUCUGGCGGAUGGGAAGCCAGCUUCUGGUCCGCUGCUGAUGCCGAUGCCUGCGGUGCUUCCGGUGAUGCCGAGCCAAGGAGAACCGGAUAAAAGGGACCUAGCGUUUGGUAUUUCAUCUAUGGGCUUCCAGCCUGGUGUGCAGCCUCUGGUCCAGAGGUUCAAAACAGCUUUGCCACAUAACCAAGGUGGUCACGACGGCUCGUCAGAAAGCACUUCUACUCCUGUUGCCUCGCAGUCCGCACAGCAAGCCCCGGUGCGACCUGUGGGGGCCGCGUCUUCCGGCCUGGCCAUGUACCCUUCCUCUCUGCCCUGCCAGGACGCGGCCACUCUCAGUUCAGGCCUGACGCGGUCACUCCCUCUCGGAGAGGCUUCGCAUGCCAAGCACCCAGGUUUAAGCUUACCAUCUGCUCUGCCAUCCCCCUACGCCUUGCAACCUGGAGGUGCCCCUGCAGCUACCGGACUUGGAGCAUCUCCCGGACACGUGCAAGCAGGCGUGCCUGCGGCCGUACCCACGCACACCCCGGGCCCCGCCCCCAGCCCCAGCCCAGCACUUGCUCACAGCACGGCGCUCAGUGACUGUCUAUCUUAUAGCAACGCCAGUGCUUCCUGUGGAAGUGGCUGUGACAAUCCUAUCGCGCUUCAGCAAAGUCAGCAGCAACAAGUGCCCCCACAGCCGCCAGCGCCGCCGCCGCCACCGCCACCACCACCGCCGCCUCCGCAACAACAGCAUCUGAUGGGCUGCGGGACUUGCGGCUGCCACAACAACUGCGGCAGUCGAGGUAGCAGCAACAGCGUGAGCGGCUGCCAAGCGCCACUGUUUUUCCCCAACCACCAAAUGGCGGCAGCGGUGCGGCAGGUCUUCAGUGUCCCGCCCCCUCUCUUCCAGCUCACGAGCCUGUGCAUCAACAGCUACCUCACCCAGGGCCAGCCACCCCACCAGGCCAACGGGGCCGCCACCCUCCCUCCCUUCUACCCAAGCGCCCCGCCCCCCGGCCACCAUUCGGCCUACGGCCACCUGCACUCGCACCCUCACAGCCACGCAGACGUGCCAUCGCACAUGCUGAGCACGCAGGUGGUGGCGGCGGCGGCCGCGAGCUACAACCUCCAGCAGCAGAUGACGCCAGGCGCGUCGUUCCAACGCAUUUACCAACAGGUCUACCCAAAUCCUCUGGGGAUGCUUCAGGCUGCUUCACUGGGUGCCGGCGGGCUCAAUAAGAAGAACGGGAGCGUGUCGUGUUGUAACUGCGGUGUGAGUGGACACUAUGCUCAGGAGUGCAACCAGCCCUCCAUCGACUCCACGCAGCAAGGUGGCUUCCGGCUAAAGUAUGCAGCUUCACACGUUGCAGAGGCACUCGAUGGCACUGACUGAACAAGUGGAGCUGUUCUCACGGUCAUGCGGUCAUGGUGAUCCCGCCCUGCUUCCUGAUGCUUCCAUGCGCUUCGAAAGAGCAACAACAACAACAACAAAAAUGAAACCCGAGCCUUGUCACAGGCAGCGUUCCCUUUUUAAGGGCUCAACGGACAAACCCGACGAAAAAAAGUAUUUGUGCCUAAGCCAUGUUGACAUGAAAUAAUUUCAAUGGUCUUGUGCACAUGGGUUCCUCCCCUUUCAGUUAAUUUUGGAUUUUUUUGCACUGAGGGUUGGAGAACAUUUAAGUUAUUGUUACUUGAUUAUUAUUAUUAUUAUGAUGACAAUUUUGUUAUUUCUUUUAAGGCGCUUUUAGAGAUUUUACUUUUUAAAGUGAAGAUAAGCCUAAACAACAACAAACAAACAAAAGUUAUUCUGCUUCUAAACCAUAGUAUUUAUGCUUUGUCCACAUUACUGUUUUUUUGGAAUGUUUUAUUUGUUUCACAGAUUUUUUUUUUCCCAGAUAAAAACAAUAAUCAAAAAUGUAAUUGUUAAGAAAAUAGUGUUUUGACCUCACUGUAAGUUUUAGAAUGUAUGUCACAUUUAAGGAAGCUGAUGUGAGAUGUGUGAAUCCAAUGCUUGUUUUGCCACUCAAUAAGAUUGUGGGCAUUUGAAGGUAAUUGCUGCUUUGAACUUGAGUUUUGUUUUAGUUUUUUUUUUGUCCGCCGCUUUUUUUCCAAAUGCGCCCCCCCCCCCCAUUGUGCACUACAAAACCAUAAUAAGAAAAUGAGUUCUGACUCAUUCCAGUAAGUACAGUGAACCCUCGCAUAUUCACGAUGUGGCAUUCACGUAUUCAUGAUUUGUUGUUUUUGUUUGUUUACAGUGUUUUGUUUUCGGUCUUACCCUCUGUUAUUCGCUGAAAAACUUACCCUCAUUAUGGCGGGGGAGGAGGGUCUUGUUGGUCUUGUUUACGGCCACCUGUUGGAAAACUAUCUUUUUUUUUUCAUGCGUAAUUUAAAUGCCACGAUUAACGUGGCAAUGGUUGUUAAGGAAGCGGCUGCUAAGUUGUUUUUCUAACACGGUCUUGGGAAGGUCAUGAUCUAAAACAUUCUUGCAAUGGGUCAAAAGGUCUGUGGAUGCGAUGUCAAUCAGGUCAGACUUGUUAUGAUUCAAUUCGUUCACGGUAUUGAAUGCAUUUGCACAUGUAUCGAUAAAUUGGUUAAUUUCAUCCUUUAUAAAAAAAUAAUUAUUAAUCAAGUGUGGUGCUAACCCACACACUUUGGUAGGGUGGAUUUGGAUUUGUGGCACUCACUUGUUUGUUUUGGGCAUCACCCAUUCCAAAAUGUCAAAUUCUAUCAACUACAUGAUUGAUAAUCAAGCAGGCACAAGAAUUGCAAGCCAAAUAUUGGCUCAUCCCAACAAGUCUGGGGUGAAAUUUUCAGUCAAGAAGAUUAGAGACACUUGAUGAAAACCGCAGUCCACUGAAGCUUUAAAACCCAGUUUAAGGUACUACUAGUAUCCUUUGUUUUCACAAUUCAGUGCCCGAGUAGCAGGGCACACAAAAACCGCGGUUUAUUUUGGGGACAUGCGGUAAAUGCACAAGCCGCUUUCCAUACCAGUUUGGUAACAAAAUAUCCUCCGCUGAGUUCUCUCUCCACGUCCGUUGUGUUCAUUCGAGCUGCUUGCCGUCGCAAUUAAGAACUAUGCAUGUACAUUUCUUGACACGCUAAGGUGUAUCACUUAAUGGUUGAUUAGUUGGGAUAACACUGUUGUCAGGAUACAUUUUCUGCAGUUACUUCUGUCCCACGCUGCUUCCGAGAAAUGGCUCCCUUCCGAAUUUGAUAGACUGUAUCACAAGCAUCGACGGCGUCCACCAGUCGAAGUUGUGAAGAGGGAAGGAAGUACUGUGUAAAUAUACUGUGCAGGAGGGGGCGGGGCUUAAACUUAAGUGUUGUGUUGACCUCAGUGGUGUUUAAACAAUAAC